CAAUCACCGUCGAGGUAAAGAAGCCAUAUUGUAACUUCUACCGCAGUUCAUGAAAUUUUUUCGAAAGCAGUGAGCUUGGAGACCUGUGAUUCCCUGUCGAGAGCUGAAGUACUGUAGCAUUAUUAGUCAUUCGAAGGCUUAAACGACAAAAUGAACACAACCAGCUUAGUAUUAGUAAUGCAGAGAGCAUGCAUGCAGACCUUCAGACAGCCUCAGCUAGCGCUGCCUGCUUCCUCCUCGAUGGUGCGGAGCUGCCUGCUGUCCACACAGCCUGUCCCUGCAGCGCGACUCCCCUGCAGAGUGAAGGUAUCUGCUGGGAAACACUAUGCUUGGUGUGCUUGUGGACACAGCAAGAAACAACCUUUCUGUGAUGGAGCUCACAGGAAAGAAGCACCCAGCAUCCUUCCUCUCCGUUUCACCCCUGAGAAAGAUGGGACGGUCUUGCUGUGUGCCUGUGCAGCUCUCUACACUCCCUCCAGAACCUUUCAUCGCCUCUAAGAAGCCUUUCAAAGUGGAGCUUGUUGGUGGAAAGCGUUACUCGUGGUGCACCUGUGGACACAGCAAGAAACAGCCUUUCUGCGAUGGAGCCCACAAGCUCAAAGCCCCAGGUCUGAUGCCUCUACGUUUUGUCCCAGAGAAAGACACCACUGCUUGGUUGUGUGGCUGUAAAUACACCAACAACCCACCUUACUGUGAUGGCACACACAAGCAGGACUUCAUUGUAUCUGCUACACUACAUGAACAAACUGACUCUUAAAUAAGGAGGAUUAUUGCCAGUCAAUUUUGGUUUGGGAGAUGUAGAUGCAGCGUGUAAAGUUUGCUGCUGUAGAUCAGUGCACUCCACUAAACCAGCAUACACAACAUGACUGACCACGUCACAUAGCUCAAUCUUGUCAGAAAAUCUAGCAUGACGAAGAAGAGAGUAGAUGUGAGGUUGUUGUAUAUGGGAAAUACAACAUAAGUGUAGGGUUGGUAAUAUGAUAUGCUGUGAGAUGAUACAGAUUUGUCUACUGCUGUCCCUUUAGUAUAUGUGGAUGUAUUAAGCCAUUGUGGACAAUGUUGCAAAUAAUUCAGUUCAAUUUUAUUUAUAUAGCACCAAAUCACGAGCAGGUCUAGACCAUAAUAUGGUGAAUACUAGCAGUCCAUACAAAAAAGAAAGUUGUUCUAGAUGGGAUGUGAUAGUAUUCAGGCAAAGAGAAAACUGUCUGUGUAGAAGAGUAGAAAUGUGUGCAUGGAGGGAUGUAUAAGUUAAUUCCAUACAGACAGAGUGAAAGAGUGAUAGAGCAGAGUCCCCUACAACACACUCCUCAUAUGAAGCCUCAAAUAUUUAAUAAAUGAAAAUGCCAUAUUGUUUUCCCUUUUUACCUUUGGGAUACAUGUUCAUAUGUUUUUCUUCAUUUAAAUUAAGAAAAGUACAGUAUCUGCACUGAGCUGCCAGUUAGGUAGACCUAUCAGUAAAUAUCAAUUACUGCAAGUAACCAAUAAAUGUUUGUUUUUGUUGA